GGUGAGUCCAAUAAUGCUGAUGCAAGUGACGAGGGAAGGCAGGUGUGCAUGAUAGAUGGCAGUGUGAUGCAGGGUAAUCUGGCGCCCUCAAGCGCCAGGGGAAGGGAAGAGCAGGAGUGACACAGGUCAUGAAGUUGGACACUGAGACAAAGGAGAGGACUGAAUGGAGUGAGGAGAACUGCUGGCCAUCAGAGCCUGUGUUCAUUCCAUGACCCAAUGGAGAAGGAGAUGAUGAUGGUGUGGUCUUGACAACAGUCAUCAACUCCAAUCCAGGGCAAUCUGGCUUCAUCUUAGUGCUGGAUGCAAAGUCUUUCAAGGAGGUAGCUCGAGCAUAUGUGAAUGCAGAGCUUCACGUGGACAUGCAUGUAUACUUCACCCCAAAGGAUAAUUAGUCUGACAAAGCAAUGAUUUACUCAGAGAGUAGUCUACUACCCUCUACAAAGAAAGAGAGACCAUUGGAAACAAUAUGGAUAGUAUUAGAAACUCUAAAUACCAAAGUGCCUUGUAAAUAUUAUCUAAACAAUGUGCUAGUAUUGCUACAUUUUGCACAACACAUGAUGUGAGCAGUUAUCUGUGGACUAAUGCCAGUGUAGUCUGUAGUCUUAUCUCAAGGGAAACCAUAAUGAAUAUCCUCAAAAUCAUCUACCUAUCAAUAUACCAUGAAAUAUUUUUAUGAAAAUGUUUGUUUUGCUACCUAUUUAAUUAUGUGAUUGGUGUGUUAUAUACUUAUGUAUUUUUUUGUCCUGUAUAGGAUUGUCAAGGAAAACCCUUAUAAUACAAAUUAUUGUACAAUUUAUUAUUGUUUUAAUUAGGCCAAUAAACAAUGUGUGAAAAGGGUGAUGGUUGUCUCCAGACCACGAGAGGGCGCCAGUUACAACAAAGUGUACGUUGCUGUUUGCGUGACACGACUGUAUACCUACGUCAUAUUGUGGAGACGAAAACUGACAUCGAGGGGUAUGACUUAAAAAAAAAAACCUGUGUUGAUUACUGUUCAUUAUAGUUAGUUUUAUCUUCAGUAAAGGACUUGGUCACGAUGCUCUCUAUUUCCAGAUUUCUUCUAAAAAAUCAAGCUGUUUUGGUUUCUAGACAGUUGCAGAGGACUCUGUCUUCUCAGACAGAUGGAGAGACCCGAAUUGCACAACUUCUCAAAGAGAAGUUUCCAUCGGCAACGUCUCUAAAAGUUGUGGACAUUUCAGGUGGCUGUGGUGCCAUGUAUGAAGUCCAUAUAGAAUCCAAUGAAUUUAAAGGGAAAAGAACUAUUCAACAACACCAACUAGUCAACCAGGCUCUCAAGGAGGAGAUCCAAGGAAUGCAUGGACUACGAAUAUUCACAGAUGUUCCUCGAGAGUAGGAACAAGCCCUUUCACAAAUUGUAGGUCUAUGAACGUACACCCCUCAAACGAAAUGUCAUAUGCUGAUUACAUUUUCAUCUAAGGAUAAAUACCCCAAAAUCUCAGAUUAAUGGCUAAUGUGUCUGUGACAGUAACAAAGGAAAUGGUUUGUCCUGUUACUUCCUGACAGUAUUGUCAGAAAUAAUCUGAAGAAUUUAUGGUAGGGACAUAUAUUACAAUGUCAAUUGUGUAAUAAAUGUAACACUAAAACCAUCAUAUAUUUUUUAUUUAUUUACCAUAAACACAAUUAAAUUAUUGAUGAGAUUGAUGAUGAGAUUAUUCGAAUGAUGCCUUUACAGAAGACAUUGACCUAAAAAGCUAUGAUGCGCACAAAAUAAGGCUGUCAGGAGUCAUUAGUAAAUUGCCAAGUCAAUUAGGCCCCUAUCCAAUUGAGUUGGCCUAUAGUGUAACCAUUGUAAAGAUAGGAUGCAAAUACAUUGUAGUGAACAGACGGAAAACCUCAUGAUAAGACAACUAGUUAUUCAACUAUUCUUGUACAUUUAAUCUGUAAUUUAAAAUCCUAUAUUUGUGUUUUUCUUUGGUGUAGUAGUAGUAGUAGUAGUUGUUUGUUUGUCAUGAGACAUGUUUUCAUUCCGUUUCCAGUAUUUAUGUUCUGUAUUCCUCCUUGUAACCAUUAACGUAGAAAUACAAGUUGCUGAUAAAGUAGAUGGCUUUAAAUAAAUAGUAUGUGAUUAAAAGGACAAAAACA